AUGUUUCCUCCGCUGUGUCACCGGGUCAGGAUAGCCAUAAAAGAUAAGGGCUGCAGCGGGUGCAGAAACAGCGUCGUGGCGUAUCACAUUUUAAACCUCAAGAAAAUCUCAAGCUUCGGCGAAUACGCAUUUUUACCCACGUUCGGACCGACCUUUGUCCAUUUCUACGGAAGCGGAAGCACUCGGGAAUGCAACUGUAUUGGAAAAUGCGUUGCUACCCUGCCGGCGCACAGAGGCCGUGUAUUGCUCGCUCUGAAAACCGAAAUCGACGACCCCGAGGCCCCUUCGACCCCUUUUGUUGAAGUCGAGCCUUGUAUACCGGUCAUAGAGAGGAGCUUUUGGGAGACUGAGGAGUAUCUUCUGGUGGGCAUCGUUUUCGACGUCUCGAUGAUAGACCGUAGAAAAUACUCGGGAAAGAAGAUCAGCUUUGAAAUAAGUCUUGGCAACGCUGGUAACAAGAUGCUUUCUUACAGCCAAUGCGUCGAGAGCAGCGGCGACGGGCUACUCGAAAGAGUGACUGCAGAAAAAAGCCCAGACUUUGAGAGCACAACGGUACCAACAGCUACGGCUACCAUGGACCGGAAGUACGACUACCUACCGUAUGCGGAAAAAAAACCGUGCAUGUACGUUAAGUCCUGGUGGCCCAACCUGGAGUGGAGAAUCUUCAACAGAAACGGGCUGGCUUCGAUUGCUCGCUUCCUUAGAAAGAAACUGGGAAGCAUGGAGAAGUUGAUGAUCGUUCAACAGUCAAUAACGUAUAAAUACUACAAUGACAUGAUAAACGAGCUGUGCCAUCGUUGCAAGAGGUAUCUGAAGAUGCUGGAUGGCUGUAAGCUCGAUGAAAUUGGGGGGACAACAAAACUGGACAAACAUAGAUUCAACGUUUGUCAUAUGGCCGUUGAGGACAUCCUGCAGGCCAUAAAGAUCAACGGUACUCUACCGGACAACAACUACGUCAGGAUCGCAAUGAUUCAUGCGCACAAGUAUUUGCGCUCUCUGGAAGAUAUUAUGGAAGAUCCUCAAGACGCUCUUCCUGACGUGUAUAUCUGGAUGAUCACCGGGUCCAAGAGAGUCGCUUACACGAAAUUACCUGCGUUUCUUUUAACGUAUCAAGAGAAUGAAGAAUUUCGCGGAAAGUACUCCGGGGAACGCAUCAGUCUUUUCUUCAAGGACCCCCUCGACGACACCCGAGCCAUGGACCGGAGUGCCUGUAGUGCUGAAAUAUUCAUAUGGCUCGGAACUACGAAACACGUCAAUGCCUGCUGGAGUAUGAUUCCACCGGGUUAUGAAGUGGACCACGACGCCGAGUUGGACGCCUUUCCUUCCACGUUGAAAUUCACCAAAUCUGCAACAUUCCAACUCCGGGCUCAUAUAUUUCAAGGAAGAUUCGACCCUGGGAUGGAUUCCUCGGGCCUCUCAGAUCCUUUGAUCCGAGUCAUAUUUAACGGACACACGUUGGCGACGAGAGUGAUACGUGAAACUCUGGCUCCACUCUGGGAUCAAACGUUGAUAUUCAAACCAAUCAUCGUUUAUGGAGUCCGGGAACAUAUCAAAAUGUACCCACCUAAAGUGAUAAUGGAAGCGUUUGACGAGGACUUAUGCGGAAGUCUUGAAUUUAAUGGCAGAUGCAUCGCUACUCCCGUCGUAAAAUUGAACACGGAAACGUAUUCGCCACCCGAAUUUCCACCUCAGCUCAAGUGGUUCUUAUUUCACAACCAAAAAGGAGAGAACGGAGCUGCUUUGGCAGCUUUUGAACUUAUAGAGACAGGUGAAGAUGAUAUUGCAGAUGUACCGAUAAACGAGUCUACUGAUAGCAGGAUCUACAAUUUACCGGACGAUAUCAGGCCGGUCAUGUCCAGCCACCGUUUGGAGGUAAUUUUUUGGGGAGUCAGAGCCCUGAAGAAGGUCCACUACAUAACAGCAAACAAUCCGAUAAUAUCGGUGGAGUGCAACGGACAUCUCGUCAAAUCCGAGAUCAUGAGGAACUGUAAAAGUUUCAGUAAUUUCGAAGAAUCACACAUGAUGAUUGACAUUGAUCUCCCAGAGCAGGACAUCUACUAUCCUUCUCUGACCAUCAAAGCAUACGAUUCACGCAGUUUUGGAUGCUUAACGUACCUAGGAGUCACUAUAAUCCCAACCAUCUACGGGUUCAUCGGACAACUCGUAUCUGAAGAUGAGUAUUUCGAAAAAAUUAUCGACAACGACGAGUCACAUCUGCCGCUUUCGAAUGACUUCGAUCCUGACCCACCUGAGACUGAAAGAUUGAUCAGUUACAAGCAGAUGACGAGCAAGCAGGGAACAUCUCGCUUUGCAGCCUUUGUGGGAGGAAUGAAAAACAUUUUCAAGUGGAAACGAAAAAAGCAUUCAAAGGAUGAUAUCGUUUACGGUACAGACGAGGAUGAGUCCUAUGACUGGUGGAGCAAGUACUACGCAUCCGUACAGGAGGAAAGAAAUGCCGAAAUGGGACAAACGGCCAAGUACCUCUAUGACAAAAAGCCAAUAGCCACGUUCAAGGUAUGA